AUGUCCACGGAGCGCGCGCGCUUGCUCGUCACCGAUGGCGCCGGCGUGCGUGAGGUCGACGUCGAGGGAGCGACGACGACGACGACGACGAGCGGGAUGAGUGCGCACUCCUGGCAGAGACGACGACGAACGGCGCUGCUACUCGCGAUCGCAUCGCUCCUCGUGGGUGCGCUCGCGUGUGCCAGCGAUGUCCUCGCGGCGUUCGGACUCGUGAGCACGCAGAGAGAGUUCGGACCAGGACUGAACAAGCUGGAAUGGAAUCCAAAGGAUGGGUUCAAGUACAGUCCGAGGAAAACCAUGUCGAACCGCUUCAGAGGGAUCGCCACGGCGAGGCUGAUCGAGCAGACUAUUACGAGAUAUUAUCCAUCGAGAAUUACGCCCAAGUCGAAGCCGUUUUCGGUCAACUUUUUGGUGGAUGACUGUCCACACACGAAGUGCUCCAACAAGAUGUUCAGGCGAAGUUGCCACGUCAACGCGUGGGAACCCAUCUUCGCCUUUGGAAGUUCGCCCAAGGAUCCGACUAUUUUCCCGACAAUGCACUCAGCGACGCUGUUGACGUUGAAAGAUUGCUUCAAUCCGUCUCAGACGCUCGGCAACACAAGCUUCGUUGUUACGGAAGACAUGGAGCCGACGUGCCGCUUUUUGCAGUAUCCGAAAACUGUGGACAACAUGCCCAAUUGCGACGCGACGGCGAAAGGGUCGGCGACGAGCGGUGCCUGUCGAUACUAUGGUUUGUUCAAUUUGGACGCGAUGCCAAAUAAGGAGGACUAUGAGUGGGAUAAUUUGAUCACGAAGGGGAUCUGGCGAGGAAGUGACUAUCCCUACCUGACUGGAUCGUGGUCGCACAGCAAACACGACGGUGCUGAGUUCGUUGCUCGCAUCGCCGCCUCGCAUCGGCGAGGUCCGGAUCACGUGAAUGCGACGAUGGAAGCCAUGCUCAAGUCGGGCGCCAUGGGGCCGAGGAUGCGCGCUGUGGUAAUGAGCAGGCUGCACCCCGAAACGCUGGACGCAAAGUUUUUCAACUGGGGCCAGCACCAUCGCGGCGGUCCCAGAGAGCUGGUUGAUGUGAAACACAUAGAACUUGAUGGUUUCGCGAAGUACAAGUAUCAGCUCGAUCUAGGUGGAGGCGGAGGCACGACUUGGAGCGGCGUACUUCCCAAGCUCUCCAUGCCCGGUGUGUUGUUCCAUCACGAAACGCCAAUGAAGGAUUCGUAUUUCGACCUGCUCAAGCCGUACGUGCACUACUUGCCCUUAGAUGAGAACUUGAAGAACUACGAUACACUCGUGACGUGGGUCGAGUCGCACCCAGAGGAGGCGAAGAAGAUUGCUGAGACUUCAUCGGAGUGGAUUCGUGAGUUCCGCAAGCCGGCAAACUUGCUUAGGCACAACUACGAGGUACUGGCGAAACCGCUGGCGAAGGCGCUCGAUCCGUCUGGGAAGUUGCAACCCGUGCCGUUCGAGAAGGCUCACCACGGCCUGAAGCUGUAA